CCUCACAGACAUUCUGCUGGGUGAUGUGCACAGCUGGUUCACACUGCGGACGUAGCUCCGACCCCCAACCUUCCAGCAGUCCCUGGGCAUGCACACGCAUGCACACUCAUGCACGUGCACACCCAGCUCACAUGCACACGCAGGCACACGCACGCCCAACACACCUGUACGUGCACACCCAGCGUGAACACACACACUCAUGCGUAUGCACACACAUUGCACACCAGCGGCUGGAGAGUCAGACAGACACAGAACAAGCCACCCAGUUUGAAUCCAACCUUUUUGUCACGUCAUGGCCCACAAAGAAGCUAAUCCCUGUAUGGCACCCAGGCAGGUGGAUAAGGAGAGAGGCUCUGCCUGCUGUCCAGGCAAGCUGGUCACUGUUUGAGGCACAACCAGGAACAAUCUCGUCUAUAGAACACGGCAGUACCUGCAGUGUGGUUGCGGACUCUGUGAGGAGGGGGUCUGGCAGUUUGAGUAAAGGUUGCCCGGUAAGUAGGAAUUGGGCCAGGGAAAAAGAUGUGUGGUGGGGGUUGACUGAGACUUCUAAGGGCACUAGCUCUUAACAGAGAAGCUCUGUUGUGCACCCAGGUGACCUAUUCUCACAUGCAAACCCCUCACCUGCAAGAGCAAAUGCCCAGGCCACCUCCUCACCAUCAAAGAGAAAGGAAGGUCUCUGCAAACCCGACCUCCAUCUUGUGGCCCGACCUCCACACUGGAUGCCGGACCAUCUUCCUCCCUUCUCCUCACUUCCUUCCAUGAGGACGGAGCCAUGGAGCUGCAUUUGUUGACCUCUGGCACCAUAGGAGGGUCCUCCUCUCCCUGCCUGGGGCUGGGCUGCAGUUCCCCGAGGGGGAGAGUUGGUGCCCCACCUCUCGAGCACACCUGAGCCCAGGUAUGAGGGCCAGGAGAUGUGGGGAUGCCUGUUGGACCAUCCAGAAUUAUCAGGCAAUCCCCCAGGCAGAAAGGGUCACGGUGUUUGUGGGAUUACCCCUCUGGAGGAUUAGGUGUGAGGGGCUCCUCCGGUGGAAGCCAACUCCCUACCCCCAGCUUCCCAGGACCCCUGCCACAGGCAGAAGCCCCUGAGCUCCCAUCAUCACCCACCCCUGGGAAAAUCAGACCAAGUCCAAGAUCUAAGGCAAGGGGGGCAAGCGUGGGUGAGUCAGCUGGCGUCCUCCCAGUCCUCAGUAAUCGUCAUUAAGAAAGGCUUUGCUGAUGACAGUGUUUGCUGGGAGUCUGUGUGUGCCUGGGGACCGGCCACGACUCCUGGACGGGCAGUGGGACACCAUGAGCCUCAGCGGGGAGCAGGUGCAGCAGUUCCUUGACCAGAACCCCAGUUUCGCGGACCAGUACUUUGGGAAGAAGCUGAGCCCCGAGAAUGUGGCUGGCGCCCACGAGGACAGACAGCCGGUGGACUGUGCCAGUUUCCGCGAGCUGUGCCAGGUGGAGGAGAGCACGGCCCUCUUUGAGCUGGUGCAGGACAUGCAGGAGAGUGUGAACAUGGAGCGGGUGGUCUUCAAGAUCCUGCGACGCCUCUGCACCAUCCUGCAUGCCGACCGCUGCAGCCUCUUCAUGUACCGCCAGCGCAACGGCGUGGCUGAGCUCGCCACGCGCCUCUUCAGCGUGCAGCCUGGCAGCGUCCUAGAGGACUGCCUGGUACCCCCCGACUCUGAGAUCGUCUUCCCACUGGACAUUGGGGUUGUGGGCCACGUGGCUCAGACCAAGAAGAUGGUGAACAUCAAGGACGUGACGGAGUGUCCCCACUUCAGCUCCUUUGCUGAUGAGUUGACCGAUUAUGUGACAAAGAACAUCCUGGCCACACCCAUCAUGAAUGGCAAAGACGUCGUGGCCGUCAUCAUGGCCGUGAACAAGCUCGAUGGCCCGUGCUUCACAAGCGAAGAUGAAGAUGUUUUCCUGAAGUACCUGAAUUUUGGCACGUUGAACCUGAAGAUUUACCACCUGAGCUACCUGCACAACUGUGAGACACGCCGAGGCCAGGUGCUGCUGUGGUCAGCUAACAAGGUGUUUGAGGAGCUGACAGACAUCGAGAGGCAGUUCCACAAGGCCUUCUACACUGUGCGGGCCUAUCUAAACUGUGACCGGUACUCAGUGGGCCUCCUGGACAUGACCAAGGAGAAGGAAUUCUUUGAUGUGUGGCCUGUGCUGAUGGGAGAAGCUCAGCCGUACUCAGGCCCACGCACGCCCGAUGGCCGCGAAAUCGUCUUCUACAAAGUCAUCGACUAUAUCCUCCAUGGCAAGGAAGACAUCAAGGUCAUCCCCACACCCCCAGCCGAUCACUGGGCCCUGGCCAGUGGCCUUCCAACCUACGUGGCAGAAAGUGGCUUUAUCUGUAACAUUAUGAAUGCCCCCGCCGACGAAAUGUUCAAAUUUCAGGAAGGGCCUCUGGACGACUCAGGGUGGACCAUCAAGAAUGUCCUCUCCAUGCCCAUCGUCAACAAAAAGGAGGAGAUUGUGGGGGUCGCAACCUUCUACAACAGGAAAGACGGGAAGCCCUUUGACGAACAGGAUGAAGUCCUCAUGGAGUCCCUCACUCAGUUCCUGGGCUGGUCAGUGCUGAACACUGACACCUACGACAAGAUGAACAAGCUGGAGAACCGCAAGGACGUCGCGCAGGACAUGGUUCUCUACCACGUGAGAUGCGACAAGGACGAGAUCCAGCUGGUCCUGCCAACAAGGGAACGCCUGGGGAAGGAGCCUGCUGACUGUGAGGAGGAUGAGCUGGGGACAAUCUUGAAGGAAGUGCUUCCGGGGCCCAACAAGUUCGACAUCUAUGAGUUCCACUUCUCUGAUCUGGAGUGCACAGAGCUGGAGCUGGUCAAAUGCGGCAUCCAGAUGUACUAUGAGCUGGGCGUGGUCCGAAAGUUCCAGAUCCCUCAGGAGGUCCUGGUGCGGUUUCUGUUUUCCGUGAGCAAAGGGUACCGGAGAAUCACCUACCACAACUGGCGCCAUGGUUUCAAUGUGGCCCAGACCAUGUUCACUCUACUCAUGACCGGCAAACUCAAGAGCUACUACACAGACCUGGAGGCCUUCGCCAUGGUGACCGCUGGCCUGUGCCAUGACAUCGACCACCGUGGCACCAACAACCUGUACCAGAUGAAAUCCCAGAAUCCCUUAGCCAAGCUCCAUGGCUCCUCGAUUUUGGAACGGCAUCACCUGGAGUUCGGGAAGUUCCUGCUCUCAGAGGAGACCCUGAACAUCUACCAGAACCUGAACCGGCGGCAGCACGAGCACGUGAUCCACCUAAUGGACAUCGCCAUCAUCGCCACGGACCUGGCGCUCUACUUCAAGAAGAGGACGAUGUUCCAGAAGAUUGUGGAUGAGUCUAAGAACUAUGAGGACAGGAAGAGCUGGGUGGAGUACCUGUCCCUGGAGACUACUCGGAAGGAGAUAGUCAUGGCCAUGAUGAUGACGGCGUGUGACCUGUCUGCCAUCACCAAGCCCUGGGAAGUCCAGAGCAAGGUAGCUCUGUUGGUGGCGGCUGAGUUCUGGGAACAAGGUGACUUGGAAAGGACAGUUCUGGAUCAGCAGCCCAUUCCAAUGAUGGACCGGAACAAGGCAGCCGAGCUCCCCAAACUACAAGUUGGCUUCAUCGACUUUGUGUGCACAUUCGUGUACAAGGAGUUUUCCCGUUUCCACGAGGAGAUCCUGCCCAUGUUCGACCGACUACAGAACAACAGGAAGGAGUGGAAGGCUCUGGCUGAUGAGUACGAGGCCAAAGUGAAGGCCCUGGAGGAGGAGAAGCAGCAACAGGAGGAGAGGACAACAGUCAAGAAAGGGGGCACAGAGAUUUGCAAUGGCGGCCCCGCCCCCAAGUCUUCAACCUGCUGCAUCCUGUGAGCUGCUCCGGGGGUUCGGACAGCUUUCAUCCCGUACACCUCCUGGGACUCCACCUCUAACCCUUUGCUACAGGUUAGGAAGCCCAACGAAGUGACUGAAGACAAUUUUGAAUAUUUUGAAUUUUUUUUUAAGGCUUGCGUUUUUAUAAAUGAAAGUCAACGAUGAAUAAUUUAAACACUUUAGCCUACCUUACGCUCAUCCAUCUUUUGGGUACGUAGCAAUACCACAGAGAUCUUGGGAAAGGGUCUGCGAACUGUGUCUGAAAGCAUUGGGUGAGAACAUUCACGACUGCACAUUUAUGUGUGUAUGGGCAAGUAAGAUACAUAGGUACCAUUGCCUAUCUGGUUUAAGGGAAAAUAGGACCAGAAAUUCAGAAUAAAAACAAAAUACAUCACCCUUGUUUUAAUUCGGCAGAAAUUACAGGCACAUCACAUAUGACCUGUUGGAAAAUUCUGCCAGAAAGCUCAAGGCCAUGAGUGAGGCAGUGAUCAGACACAAGUGACCUGUGCAUAAAUACGUUUAACAGCCCUGUGCACAGAGGUGCACUGACAGACCCUGAGAUCAGGGGGCACACUGCCAUGCCUAGGGUCUGCCCAACUCCUGUACGAGUGAGGGCUCCCUUAAUGUUUAUGAAUUGGCAUAGCCACACCCAAACAGAACACUACUCCCAUUUGAAACAGGUACUGAUUAUCUGGUAGAAAUUAAGGGCUUUUAACUCGAAGUCCUUAUAAUGUGAACUCCAAAGCAUUUGUUCCCCAGACACUAGACACUUAACCCCUCCUCUCAGCUGCAGGUUGAGACUGGUUGCUGUAAGGCCAAUUCAGAUGCCACCCAAGCCCUCUCCUAGAGCUCCAGAGCUCAUGGGGUAGGUGGGGAGAGAGAAUGGGGAGCACCCCCCACCAAGCCAUCCAGUCACAGAUGGAGGUAGUUUCCAUCUCAGCAGUGACACCUGGUGACCGCCUGUGAUUAAGGCCAGGUGCUCCUCCAGAGGGACUCAGCACCAGCUGGCCACACUGGAACAGAUCCCACCAAAUUCAGGAGGAGCUGAGGUGGCCUCACUCAAACCUCACCAAAACUAAAACCAAGGCUUUAAAGUGUUUAUAUGCUUGCUUCUCAUUUUCUCCUCACACUUGCAAAUGAAUUCGUCUUACCAA